CAGCACUUCACUUUACUUUGCCAUCUCCUCUAUAAACACCCCGACUCUACUCAUUUAUAUUUCCUCCUAGUUCCACUCAUCACAAAGCCAAUUAACUUUACGGAUUUUGGCUCACAAUGGGAAAGAAAAAGAAUAGAAACAAGAAAGAAGGGGAUGGAGAAAAGAACGAAGGGGUUUCCUCAGCCGUUGUUCUGAAAGUUUAUUGUCUUUGUGACGGUUGUGCCUCCCAAAUCCUCAAAUGCAUUCAUAAACUCGAAGGCGUGGAGACGGUAACAAUAGAGAGCAGCUCAAACAAAGUGACAGUGAUAGGAGCUGUGGAACCGACAGCUGUUAAAGAGAAACUCGUGAAGGAAACCAAGAAGAAAGUUGAUCUCAUUUCUCCUCAACCAAAGAAAGAUGAUAACAAAGAAGAGAAAACAGAGAAAAAACCUGACAAAGAGAAAAACCAGGAUUCUGAUAAUAAACCGGAUAAAAAACCCAAAGAUGCCCCGUUGACGACGGCGGAUUUGAAGGUUCAACUGAAAUGCCAGUGCCAGGGAUGCGUUGAUAAGAUUCACAAAAUUGUCUCUGAGACCAAAGGAGUGCAUGAGUUGAAAGUAGACAAGCCGAAGGAGUUGGUAACAGUUAAGGGGACCAUGGAUGUUAAGGCCUUGGCUGAGGCUUUGAAGGACAAACUCAAGAAGGAUGUUGAGAUUGUGCCACCUAAGAAAGAGAAAGAUGGGAACAAAGAGGGUGGCAAGAAUGGCGGCGGCGGGAAGAAGAACAAAGGUGGCAAUGGUGGUGAAGGUGGUAACAUGGAAGGGAACAGGAUGGAGUCUAUGGUUCCAUCCGAAUUUGGAUACAUUCCUGUUUACCCUGGAUACAUGCCGGGUUUUCCCGGAUACGAGCACCCAGGUUAUGGGUAUGGUCACGGGCACCCGCAGUGGCAUGCUUACCCCGGGUACGUGCCGGGUUACCCGGUUCCUGUUCAUCAACCGGACCAGAUGUUCAAUGAUGAGAAUCCUACUGCUUGUGCCAUUUUGUGAGGAGAAAUGGGUUUCAGGUAUCUGUUUUUAGGUUAAGGUAAAUGGAAGCUGUGAAUAAGAAAUAUAGAAAGUUUACUUUGCAAGGCAAAAUUUUGGGUUAAACUUGGAGCUCCAAAAGCGCAUUUGGGUUUUAUAUAUGUUGGAUUCUAAGGGUUUUGAUCUUGUUAUUUGUUGUUAAAAAAGUUGAAUGUUGGCAUUUUUAAUGUGAAUUAGUGGUUUUUUGCUAUGCGGCCAAUGUGUUUAUUUUUAUUUGUGAUGGGGGGUUUGUGGGAUU